AUGGUGAAUUUAGGUAGUGGUGCUGCAGGUUCAAGUAGUGGGUGCCAUGGUGUUAGUCGCAUGAAGAAGCAUAAGAGAAGGGGUUAUGCAGCCCAAGAUGGAAGAGAAGGGGCCCGUAGACAGCGACAGCAACAGGUUGUUGUCGAGGACCCUCCUACGGCCGAGGAGGAAUUGGUCAACGACCAGCCAAAAGCACCUAUUGAAGAAGGUGCUACUGAUGUUGAGGGUUUUCCAAGUGGACCCCAUGACACAUCAGUUUUGAGUGAUCUUGAAAAUCACAUUGCUUUGAAAGUGUGGAAUGGAGAGGAACGUCCUGAGUUGAAGUUAUCUUCCCAUGGAAGGAAGAUGGCUGAGUUCGGGAGGCCUACCCCAGAGAUUGAAGGCCUUGUGGUGGCUAGUGGACUGAGUCCUUUGAUCGCUUGUUCCCUAGAUACGGGUGAUCGGGGACUAAUGUCUACUUUUGUGGAACGCUGGCCUAAGGAAACUAGCAGUUUCCAUUUGCCCGUCGGAGAGGUGACUAUCACCUUGGAUGACGUUGUGUCGUUGUUACAUUUGCCUGUUGUAGGGGCGUUCCACAGCUUCAAGCUACUUCAUGUCGACGACACUAUCGAGAUGUUGGUGGAGUUACUCGAGGUCAACGCUAUUGAGGCAUGUGACCGGAUUGUAGCAGCGCGAGUGUAUUUGUUGCAUCUCCUUGGAUGCACACUCUUUGCUAACAAGAGUGCCACACACGUGCACGUGGUAUUCUUGGAUGCAUUGCGUGACCUAACGCAGAGUAGAGGUUACGCUUGGGGCGCUGCUGCACUUAUGCACAUGUAUGAUAAUUUAAAUGACACAUCCAAAAGCACAGCGAGGCAGCUUGCAGGAUAUAUCACUCUGUUACAGUGUUGGAUUUACGAGCAUUUUCCGUUCGUUGCUUCCACUGUUGCUGUCGAGGAUUACGAUGAGAGGAUACCGCGUGCAUGUCGUUGGACCUCUGGCAAGGCACUACCCGUUUCCACGUAUCGGAGGCGUCUAGAUAGGCUGACCCUUGACGCGGAUGACUUUGCAGCAAUUGCUGAUAGGUUGGACAGGCUACUGAACUUGAGGAUCUUGAUCGAAGGAACAGAAGCCUAUACUGUUGUUUAA